CACCCACCCAUUCCUAUGGAGAUAAAAGAGACCUGGGCUCAUGAGGAUUGCUGGGAACACACCGAGUGGGAUAUCCACCAAGCACUGGAGUACAGAUAACACUGCACUACCACCACUGUGGUAAGAGCAUCAGAUGUUUUGAUACCUGCACAAUUCACAUAAAUCAGGCUAAUCUCCCAGAGAUGUCCUCUAGACAUUCUUUAUUUAUUUACUUGGUUUUCUAUUCUCUGUACUCUUAUCAGAAUGCUUGUGUACUUUGUUUUACACAAGAAUACGAAGUUGAGUCAUAUAUUUGGCUACGGGUCCCUCACCGAGUGCUGAUUAAUUUAGGUUCUAAUGGCCCUGUAGAAAGAAGUCUUACCACUCAGUGCUUUUUAUCAGCACUCUAAUGGGAUGUCUGGUCUCAUAAUAGGGUGAAUUGGGCUGAAUUGUGGUGAUGUUGUGUGUGGGAGUAGACUUAUAUGGGAGGUCCGACUGUGCUGGGCAAGUCUGUGGUGGGGCCAGGCAGGCAUCAGACUUCUCAUCUCCACAGGAAGUCUGUUCUGUCUGUCUUCCUCGCUGAACAGAUGAGUGCCAAGUGAUGAGGGGCAGGGAUGGUACCCUACAUUCUCAGGAAUUUGUUCUUUAGAAUAUGUUCCAAAAACGUUUCUUCAAUCCUACAGCAUUGUAUGUACUUUAUUAUUUAUUGGCAACGUUGCAGCAGUCAUUUUGGAACAGGUUCUAAACAACUAAAUAACAUGUUCCUGAAAAUAUAGCCUAGUCUAAUGACCAUCCAGAGAGGAGAAGGGCCAUUAGGUGAGGGCCAGGGUACAGACAAAUGUUUCUCCAAGCAGGGAGACAGCCAAGGGUAGGAGACAGUGUUAGGCCUACUGUGAGACGGGCUGGAGACAGCCAGCGCUGCCUCCUCCUCUAAGGUAAACAGGAUCUCCUCCUGAAGGUCGUUGGAGCGUUCCUCAAGGCCACUGGAGACAAUGCCCUGGGUUUUAUUAUCAGAAACGACUAAGAAUAGAGAGCAAGGUGGUUGUCGUGCUUUUGGUUUGUGUUUGGACCAGACGAGCCAAAACGGAAGAUUCCUCUAUAGAAGUGUUACGGUUGUGAAGAUAAUGUUCUGGAAGGGUGUGGCACGUGAGUGACAGAGGGAGGAGGGGUGGGGGGCGCACAUGGUAAAAUGUCUGAGGUUUCUCAGCCUGUCUGUUAUGGAACUUUUCAAGAUUUUGAGUUCUAGGCCUAGCCCUAAAUAGAGAAGACAUAUUUUGUACGCUUUUCACAAAUGGAGACUUAAUGUUCUACUGUAAUUUAUUCCAGAUUUUGUAAGUUUUGUUAUUUUAAAAUAUGGAAUACUGGGCAUAUAGGAUAGACUAGCUAGACUACAAAAUAAAUGUACUCAUACAUGUUAUUCGAUCAUUUCAACCAAACUGCUCGCACGCGUCAGCAGGCUUCUCCAUAGCCAGGCGCUAAAAUAGAACUUGGUUCUAUUUCAGAUGCUUGACGCGCUGCAAGUCCCGCUUCUCCCAUCUACUCAUUGGUUUUCACGAGCAUACUAACCCACGUGGGUGAAUAAAAUAUGAACGAGGAGAGACUAAUCAAAGAAAACAAACUAAAAACUAACUAGGUUUCCCUUUUUAUCUGUGGAUUAAUUGUCGGAGUAGACAACACAUGAUUUUGUGACUCAGAUAGGGUCAGAAUUCUACAAAGAUCCAGCAAAAAAAAAAAGAACCAUAUGCAUUUCAGUUAAAAUAACAACCCAAUGUUUAUCUCCCAGGACAAAUUAGCUAGCAACAGCAAGCUAGCUAAAUGUCCAUGAGUGUUUCAUGUGUCUUUCGACCUCUCCCCAAAUUAAUAUAGUUGGUUUUGGUAUUUUAACCUCCGUGUCUUGAAUGCGUCUGGUGGGGAAAGACAAAAUCAACAUGUGCACAAUGGCACACGCGGGGUCAGUUUGGUCAAGGUGUCAGUGUUUCUUUCUUCAUAAUUGAAGUGAUUUACAAGGUGGACCACACACUUAAAUGACUAAUCUAACCGCUUAUAAAUUAGAUUACUGCUAAACUGACUUUGGUCUUCUGAGACAUAGUGUGUGUUUGCCAGGGUAAUAAAGAUGCUGUCCAAUACCUGCCCUAUGGGAGCUAGAUUAAUUGGACCUGUUUAACAAUGGUGAAAUCAAUAGCAAAGCAAACCCCAGUGUAAUGCAUCAGAGAUUCAGGUGUCAGAACAUGCACGUGAUUGUCAGUCUUUUCAUUUCAUUGCUACACCUUUCAAAUGAUCCAUUUAGUAUUUUCUGAUGGAUGACCUAACAUGAUGCCAUUGAUUUAUGCUGCUGCCACUAUAGGAUAUUUAGUACACAUCACAUUCAUUCAACAUAGAAUGCUAUGGUAGUCUUCAUUGAGUUGAGUGUUAAAUUGCUAAAAGAAUGUAGCCUGUUAUUCAUUGCAGUAGCUAAUCUAUAUGUUCCAUAUGCCAUUAUUAUUUGUUAUGGCAUAAUAGGGGCUUUCCAUAUAUUUGUUAUUGUAUUGGAGGUGGAGCCCUCCAUUAUAAAUGGCAAGUAUUUCAGAAAGUUUCUUAAUAUUCUGUAAUUUGAUCAUAAGAUAACUUUGAACUUGAACAGAUCAUGAAACAGGCUGUGUUUAAAAAUUCAUACUUGUGUUCUAUUUAGAGCGUAUAGCAAGUACGGACGUCAACUGUCAUUUUUCAAGUACGAUUCCAAAAGUAAGUAUGUGAAAAGGCAAGUAUGGACUUAGUUUACCGGAAGUUCCAUAAGCGUACUUGGCAGGUCUGGAUAACAAAGCACGCGUGGGAGCAUACUUUUUUGUUCCCUUCACCAGGGAGGCUAUCCCAUAACACCUUGCGACGCAGCGAAAAUCUAUUUCCAGAGCAUUAAGGAAUAACUUUGUAAAAUGUAAGUAUUACGUUUUUAUUCAACAAAUGUUCAACAAAUUACUUUCAUAUGAAUUUUGAAUUUAAAUGUUGCGUCACUGGUGUUUAUCAGCCUGCUAGCCAAGAUAGUUAGCUCGUCGGACGUCAUAGGUAGCUAGCAGGUGAUCUUCUCAGUGUUGCCAACUAAUUUUCAGGGGAAGUGGCUAGAGACAGGUCGAUUUGUUGCUAAAUGACGUUGUGAUGUCAUUACGUAAUAACAUAAAACUGUGUCAUUACGUAGAAUACACAAUAACGUUACUCAAAUUGACUGGCCAAACCUGGUCAACAAAUAUGAUUUAACAUUUGUUAGUUUAGAUUUGUUUUUAUUAUUAUCACAUUUUUAUUUGUAAAAGUAAUAUAAACACAACACAUUUUAUAUGAUCAGAUAUUUUUAUUUUUAAACAACACAUUGAAUUAUUGAACAAUUACAAAUAACACAUUAUUGAACAAUUCUAUUUUAUUAAUUUUCUUAUUAACUAGUAAAUCUACGCAUUCUGAACAAUUAUAGUUUUAAGCAGUGUAUUGGUAGUUAGUUAACAUGCUACCUAACUGAUCAACAAUUAUAGGUACAAGCUAAUAACAAGGUAAUAAUGCUAUCUUAUUGAACAAGCAACUUAACUCAAAUAAUGAUGUGUGCGCUAGGCAUCUCUCUCCAGCUCUCUACAGGUUGUUGUGCUGCUUGGCUGGCCUGCUGCUGCCUGUGCACGAGCUGAGCGCCUGCUGCUGACGUCACUCUCAAUGCACUUUUGCAGCAGGCACGUGUGUUGUGACUGAGUGUGUGACAGAAUGUUUUUGUGUCAUUUAGAGGGAAGAUGCGUACAUUUUAGCGUUUGAGUCACUUUUCAAAAGUUGCUAAAAGUUCCAAAUAUUUUUUUUUAAGUAGCUACAUUUGUUGCUAGGUACUGUUUGAAAAAAAAGUUGGCAGGGUAGUCUGAAAAGUUGCUAAAUCUAGCAACAAAAUUGCUAAGUUGGCAUCACUGCUCGUCCUGCUUAUCAGCUGUUUAGAGAUGAGCAACUAAACUAACUAAUCGUAAAGUCAGCAAUGUGUCAAAUGUCAAGAUCCAGACAGUUUUUUUAAAUCCUGAAUUGGUAUACUUGCUAGCCAGCUAAUGACAAAUGUAGCAAAUUGUUUUUUGGCCAUUUGUUUUCAGGGACAGAUGGCAACUUAUGCUUUCUUUUCACCCAAUGGCAUUGGCUUGGCAGGACAAAAGUUGUGAACAACAACUGAUUCAUCUAGGCUUGCUAGCCAGCCAAGUUAUUUUUGCAUUCUUUCAUGAUCGUUCAAUACAUGCAUGUAGUGUCUGUUUACCUAACAUUAGCUGACUUUCUUCUUGUCAUUUUCCCCUCCCCUCUUGUGUUGCACCAUUUGCAUAUAAAGAACAUUUGUUGAAUUAUGAAAUGAUCAACUAAAAGUAAAUCGGUGACAACUUGAUCAAGCCUAUGAAUAUGCAAAACUGUUUACAAAACCAUUGCACAUUAGUAAAGGUAGUUGUGUUUCUAAGCAACUUGAACUAGGGGUGUGAUCAUGAGUCCAAACUAAAACGAGAGUUUCUAUUGGACAAAUUCGGGUAGGUUCCGCCCCGUUUUGUUCCGUUUGCUUCCAUUUAAGAAACGUUUUGCAACAGAAUCGGCAGAAUUAAUACACCCCAGCACUGAAAUUUGAGCAGUAAGGUUAAUUUCUCCACCCUUAUGUUUCUGCUCUGUUCUCCUCAGGUUGAAGCACAUCCCACCCUAACACCCAGACACAUGUAAAGACCUUGGAAACCUGCCGUAAAAUCACACUAUCCCUGGAGUUAAUUUCAGCAGUGUGCAACAUCACUACAUUAGAUCACAGUAGAUCCACACAUUUUAUUCGCUAUCAUGUAACUUAUGAAGCUCAUUCUAAAAUACAGUGAAUUCUGUCCCAGGUGUACUUCACUGUGUUCAAGUUUUUAUUCCUGCCCUGCACAAACACCUUAUUCAACUAUUCGUGGUCUAGAAGUUAAACGAGAAUUAGUUGAUUGAGGUGUUAGUGAAGGGCUGGAACAAAAACCUCUAAACUCCUGUCCUGUGUAACAAAAUAAUAAUAAAUAAUAAUAAUUGGCUGUCAUGACAAAAUUUGCCCUCAUGUACUGAACAAGCUUUUAAAUGUUGGAGGUUCAUCUCCUUGAGAUGUCCCUCACUUGGGGAUGACUUCUCUUGUACAAUGGACUGUGUUCUAAGGAUUCAUGCACAGAUACAGGAAAACAAAUAAAAGUGAUCAUAUUUAUAAAAAAUGACAAGCGUUGAUGUCUCCCCACGGUUCUGGUUUUGAGGCUUGGGUAUCUGGGGGCUGCAGUUAAUCUGUCUAAUUCCUUGCAAGGAGAGAGAAAUGCAUUCAUAAUAUUACAAUGGUGUAAUUAUUUAAUGUAAUUCCUGUUUGAUAUGCAUGCAUAUAAUUAAAUUGGACACGUUCUCCUUUAUAAUGUGUUUGUUUUGUAUCCAAUGCAUUUACACGUAGUUUACAUUAGGAUGAAGUAGCCUAGGCCUUCUAAUCUAGUUAUAUUGCAUCAUCACUCCAAUCAAUAUUAGUUAUUAAUGCAUAAGGUGAAUAUAAAACCAAGCUGUCUUGAACAUCAUAUGCAUGGAUGUUAUGAAUUUAGCACUGAAAGCCUGCUCAUUAGAAAUAAAACACCAGCAGAACUAAUGCAAUGUUAGAUUCACAGUGAAACACAAAUAUUCUGCCUAUUUAUCAUUCUUAAACAGUAAGCAAAAUAGCUUAUUUUAAAUUAUAGUUACCUGUCAUACGUCCACAACGAUGUAGCAGCAGACCAAGCAAUGUGUGAGAGGAGGACCCCACAUAAAAUUAUUAUUCUGGUUGGUGUUAGCUUAAUUCACUAACAAGUACUGAGGAGAAAGAUUCUGUGUAAACAAAUGUAGCUAGCUGGCUGCGUGAUGAUGCGGUUUCCUGUUUAGGUUAGUCCCGUCGAAGUACGUUUUAAAUGUUAACGGAUUUUAAGCACUGGGCAUUCUCCAUACUAGACAGUAUGCUCUCUCAGGUGUUCUUGGAAGUUCACCGUUGAAAGAACGGGUGAACGCAAGUGCGCAUUUUCAAACACUGCUGUAUGUCAUACUACUCUCCUCUUCCCAGGUAAACCAUGAUCCCCAUCACUGAGCUGCGUUACUUUGUAGACUGUCAGCCGGCCUACCGUAUCCUGAAGCCAUGGUGGGACGUCUUCACUGACUACAUCUCCAUAGUCAUGCUCAUGAUCGCCGUGUUCGGGGGAACGCUGCAGGUCAGUGAGCGGACAUUCCCUUUUUUUCUAUGUACUUGAUCUUCUUUUUGUCUAGCUCCUGUUACAAUUCUAAUUCAAUUGUAUUGUUAUAUGCACAGGAUACAGCGUAGUGUACACCGUACAAUGACAUGCUUACUUUAUUAUUUUCGAUGUAUCUAAAAUGCUCUCGUUUCACUCUACAGGUCACCCAGGACAAGAUGAUCUGCCUGCCCUGCAAGUGGGUGGUCAACCAGACCUGCAGGAGGUAUUUCAACGCCACCCUGUCGGCCCCGCUGUUGUUGGAGCCCAAAGGGAUCCAAUACAACCUGGAUCGCCACCAGUACAACUAUGUAGACUCCGUCUGCUACGAGAACCGCCUGCACUGGUUCGCCAAGUACUUCCCCUACCUGGUGCUACUCCACACCCUCAUCUUCCUGGCUUGCAGUAACUUCUGGUUCAAGUUCCCCCGGACUAGCUCCAAACUGGAGCACUUUGUGUCGAUUCUCCUGAAGUGUUUUGACUCUCCCUGGACCACCAGGGCUCUGUCUGAGACGGUGGUGGAGGAGAGCGACCCUAAGCCGAUGAAGAUGAAUGGCUCAAUGGAUAAGAAGGUGUCGUGUAUCAGCGAGGAUGUGGAGGCUAGCGUCCCCAUGCUCCAAAGGACAAAGUCUCGCCUGGAGCAGGGUAUUGUGGAUCGCACUGAGACAGGGGUCCUGGAUAAGAAAGAAGGUGAACAGGCAAAGGCCUUGUUCGAAAAAGUGAAGAAGUUCCGCAUACACGUGGAAGAGGGAGACAUUGUGUACAGGCUCUACAUCCGACAGACUAUUAUCAAAGUCAUUAAGUUCAUUUUGAUUAUCUGCUAUACAGGGUAUUAUGUGCACAAUAUUCAGUUCAGCGUGGACUGUAGUGUGGAUAUAGAGAGCCUCACGGGGUACAGCAUGUAUCAUUGUGCUCAUCCUCUGGCCACGCUGUUUAAAAUCCUAGCCUGUGUCUACAUCAGCUUAGUGGGGGUUUACGGCUUAAUUUGCAUGUAUACCCUCUGUUGGAUGCUACGGCGCUCGCUGAAGAAAUACUCCUUCGAGUCGAUACGAGAGGAGAGCAGUUACAGCGACAUACCGGACGUAAAGAACGACUUUGCUUUCAUGCUGCACAUGAUCGACCAGUACGAUCCGCUGUACUCCAAACGCUUUGCCGUCUUCCUGUCUGAAGUGAGCGAGAACAAGCUGCGGCAGCUCAACCUGAACAACGAGUGGACUCUGGACAAACUGAGGCAGAGGAUCACCACUAACUCCCAGGAGAAGCUGGAGCUGCACCUGUUCAUGCUGAGCGGCAUCCCAGACACAGUGUUUGAUCUGAUAGAGCUGGAGGUAGUUUGUGUAGAAUUACCUGUGUUCCUUGUUGUCUGUGCCUUUGUUGUUCCUUGUUGUCUGUGCCUUUGUUGUUCCUUUUUGUCUGUGCCUUUGUUUUGUCAAUUUUUUUUUAAUGCCCACACUGUAGCAACUUUGUGAUUUGUUGUACAAUUUAGGAAAAGCACUUUCACAUCUGAGUCGGCUUGUUGCAGGUGUGUGGGAAUAAUUAGAUGAUAUCUUAAAAGAAGAGAGAAACUCGCACAGUGCUCUUGUCUGUGUCACUUCAGUUUAUUGGGCUUAGGUAUCGGCCUUUCAGCCCAAAUGUAUUACUUUUGUUAUUAUUGAUAUUAUUCUAGGUGCUGAAGCUGGAGCUUAUCCCAGACAUCACCAUCCCUCCCAUCAUCGCCCAGCUGGUCAACCUGAAGGAGAUGUGGCUGUACCACACCCCGGCUAAGAUCGAGGCUCCGGCCCUGGCCUUCCUCAGGGAGAACCUUAAGUCCCUCCACAUCAAGUUCACGGACAUCAAGGAGAUCCCUCUGUGGAUCUAUAGUUUGAAGAACCUGAGCGAGCUACACCUGACGGGGAACCUGAGUGCAGAGAACAACCGAUAUAUUGUUAUUGAUGGGCUACGGGAGCUGAAGAGGCUCAAGGUAAAAUGCACUUUCACAGACUAGCACACUCAUCGAUAGUCCUUAUCCGUGAGGCCUUUUUUAGCACCUACUAUUGUUAUUUUAACUGCCUUGUAUUUCUUUCACCUUAUGUAUGUAGAGCUUUGAGUUUUCUCUAAUGCUAUAAUUAAAUGCAUUUAUUAUUAAGGUCCUCCGGCUGAAGAGCAACUUGACCAAGCUACCUCAGGUGGUGACGGACGUGGGGGUGCACCUCCAGAAGCUGUCUGUUAACAACGAGGGCACCAAGCUGAUUGUUCUCAACAGCCUGAAGAAGAUGGUGAACCUGACUGAACUAGAGCUGAUACGCUGUGAUCUUGAGCGCAUCCCACACUCCAUCUUCAGCCUGCACAACCUGCAGGAGAUUGACCUCAAGGUAAGUUUGUCAUUGCUGUUUGUUACGUUCAGUGUACUUUUACAUGUUCUCACACAUUUUAUUAUGCGAUUGUCUUGUUUUUAUUCAUCUUGCUGAUUUUAUUAUGUAAAGUGACUUUGGUUUCCCGGACACUAAGUCUAGUCCUGGUCUAAAAAACAUGCUCAAUGGAGAUUCUCAUUUGGAAUUGUUUUUUAGUCUAGGACUAAGCUUAAUCUGUGUCUGGGAAACUGGCCCUGGAUGUUUUGAAAAGUAUGAAUAAAAUGUAUUAUUAUUGUCAUCAUUGAAGGACAACAACCUGAAGACCAUCGAGGAGAUCAUCAGCUUCCAGCACCUGCACCGUCUAGUCUGCCUUAAACUCUGGUACAACCAGAUUGCCUACAUUCCCAUCCAGAUCGGCACCCUCAACAACAUGGAGAGGCUCUAUCUGAACAGGAACAAGAUCGAUAAGAUCCCCAGUCAGCUUUUCUACUGUCGUAAGCUACGCUUCCUGGACCUGAGCCACAACAACCUCACCUACAUCCCAGCAGACGUGGGGUACCUGCAGAACCUCCAGUACCUGGCAGUCACAGCCAACAGAGUGAGUUCUUUCGUUUUCAGCUUUGGUUUGUUGGACUAAACAUUUCUGAGGGUUUUAAAUACAAUUUAUUCUGGAUGAAUUAUUUCUGAGGAAUGUGUUUACUUAUCUGAGAACUGUGAAUCAAAUCGCAUUAACACUGUGAUUUGUGUUUCAUUUAUUUGUUUAUGUUUUCUUAGUCUGUUAUGACUAGGAGGUUUAAUACCUGGUGUUUUGUCUGAUAAUGACAGUUUUACACAUUGUAGUGUUUGUGUCACAUAUCCACCUGAUACUAUCUCUCUAUCCUACUUCUCCCUUUUUUCUACCUCUUACCCCAUUUAGAUCGAGACCCUGCCCAACGAGCUGUUCCAGUGUAAGAAGCUCCGUACUCUGAAUCUGGGGAACAACUGCCUGACAUCUCUGCCGUCGCGCUUCGGGGAGCUGACGGGGCUGACCCAGCUGGAGCUGAGGGGGAACAGGCUGGAGUGUCUGCCCGUGGAGCUGGGGGAGUGCAGGCAGCUGAAGAGGAGCGGCCUGGUGGUAGAGGAGGACCUUUUCAACACCCUGCCCACCGAGGUGAAGGAGCAGCUGUGGAAGGUGGACAAGGAGACGGCCUGA